AGUUUACUCACAAAUGUGCAAAAUAAUCCUACUCUCAACUACGGUACAGUACAGUUUCGAACGACGCCAAAUAUGCUCGGAUCGACCGAUUGUAACACGGGUCUAUUUCACGGUCAGAAUUCAAUGAACGGUCGAACCAAUUUUACCAACAAACAGCUCACAGAACUGGAGAAAGAGUUUCACUUCAACCGAUAUCUGACACGGGCCAGACGCAUUGAAAUCGCCAACGAUCUAGGACUGACUGAAACUCAAGUAAAAAUCUGGUUUCAGAAUCGUCGAAUGAAACAGAAAAAACGCAUGCGUGAUCAUUUGCCUGGAGCGAUCAAAGAACCGGACGAUUCCACCAUGUCCGGAUUGAUGUGGGAUAAUUCCACAAAAAUGGAGGCACCGGAUUCAUGUGCUCCCUAUGCCAACUACUGUGAUAAGUUGUCCACGGGCCAUUCGGUCAUGGGCUAUUGUGAAGACCAUUCUUUCGGGUAUGGAAAUCCCAAGUAUGAUUUGGCAAAUGACUGUAAUUUCAAGCUAAACAUUCCAACCAACUUGAAUGAUUUCUAUUCAGGUUGA